AUGGAGACAAAAAAUACUUUUGAUAAAGUAUUAAAUCAGUACGUUAGUGCGCAGUGGCAGGAAAAAAUCGAGGAUUUGUUUAAGUUUUUCUGUAACAAUGUUUUUCUUGGACAGUGGGAACUUGCGAAAACGGCCAUACCAACUUUGAUCAAGGAAUUGAAAACAAGCAAGGCUAAUAUUGAUUUUGCUCAAGUACUUAUUAACGUUUCAGAAUAUCCAUUUUCUCAAAGCUUGGGGUCGGCUUCUGUCCCAUCACCACAUCAUCUGUCAUGGCUGUGUCUACAAGAGCUGAAACAGCUGUGUCCUCUUCUGGAUGCUGAGAAGAAACUGGUGAUUGACAGCCUAAUGAAAGAUGUGGAUUUUCGUUUGACUCUGGCUCAGCUGAAAGCUGAUGAUGAAAGAAUGUACUUAAACUCAGGUCACCGAACAUCCCAGAUUGAUUCUGGAGAAGGAGAUUUCUUAUCCAGGGACACCAUAGACUUCCUGAAGAAGAUCUUGAUGAGACAACCCAGUCUGGGAGACAGUGUUCUGAGGUCGCUAAUGACCACGGAAAAUGCUGCAGAGAACAGAAAUAAUGAAUUGUUACAAGGAAUCUAUCUGGAUUGUGUGAAUUGUUGGCUCGACAAACUUGAGGGAAGGAAAAAGCAGAAUUCAAAUGCUGACGAUGUCACUAGAUAUGUGGACAGUGCCCUUCACAUUUUGGCCUUCUAUAAUCCAGUGCCGUAUUGGAACUAUCUCCAGCUGCGGCAGCUUUUUAGUCGGCUGCUGACCUUGACACUUAGUGGCAGUGCGUCAUCUCUAACACCUGAGAGGAUUGUGUCUGUUAUUUGUAGUCGGCAGGUGCCAUAUUUGUUGGAUGAGUUUUGUAAAAUCUACCAAGAGAUGACUGUUGCCAAGUCAAUCAGUGAACACAAUGACUUUCUCAGUGACAGCCAUUGGCAGUGUCUCCAUGUGAUGAACCAGCUGGACAGAAAUGUUUGCUGGCGAGAUUUCUUCAUCAUCUGCUACAAGAAAGGAGCUCAUUUCUUGGCAGAAAUUUUGGAUGCCAGUUUGUCAUUGGUCAGAUCAGGGAAGUUCGCUGAUCUACAGAAUAUGUUAAGUUACUUAGAGUUACAGCCCCUGCGUCCGGCAAUUCUGUUGAUGGGAUGGUCCUAUUGCAUGACAUCUGCCAAUGCCAGGACACUCCUAGACACUCUCUGGGAUGAUUCUGCAGAAGGGUACCACCCUCAGUUGGCCAACGGUUGCAGGAGACUUGCCUAUCACUUGGAUCUCAUCCAGUGGUGCUUAGAUCGAGCCAAGCCACUAGUAGAAAGCCCAGGAUUCGGCUCCAACCGCCAGGCCACAGAGCUGCUUCAGGGUUUGGAGACUCACUCAGUGCUGUAUAUGUUACACCAGUCCACAAGCUUGGCCUCCCUUGACCACUCUGAGGUGCUGCAACUUCUGACCAGCAUAUCUGCUAAGAAAGGCAGUAAAAAGAAAGCAGUUACCUUCCAGGAUGAUUGUAAACCUGCGGGAAGUUCUCCGGAACCAAUCAACAUUGAACAGCAGAAGGACAUCGCCAUCUACAGAAGCUACUGUGCUAUAAAGAACGUCAUGGAUGCUGUGAUGUUUUGUGUGAACAACUUUGAACACGAUCUCAUGAAUCCACUGCAUAAGAAUUUCACCACCGAGCAGUCAGUCAGUUCCAGCGAAGGUGAGGAUUCUUCCAAUGGAGCAGAGGCUUGUCCUAGUGAGUCCGAGAGGGCCAAGCAGAAAGAGGACUCUCAGCAGUUUGUCCAGCUGUAUGAGCAGAUGGUGACCAUGAGGUUGAAGGAGACACGUGAUCAUCUUGCCCAGCUGCAGCCUCUUAACUACAGACUGGAGGUGAUGGAGAAUAUCUUCUCUCUUCUCUUCGUCACCCACGAGGAUAUUUGUGAUCCAAAUGGUUUUGCAGAGUUAGAGCCUAGUGAUGAUAAUGAAGGUAGUAAACUGGGCAGUUCUGAUAAUCUGCCUCUUGAAAGUUCCAUCCUGUCAGAAGAAGAUUCUCCCCAAGAUGAACAAUUGUUAGAACAAUCCAAAAGUGAAGCAAAGCCAGGAGACAGAUCACCACCAUCUCCAACAACAGGAGUAGUUCAUGAGAGAUCCAGAGGAGCCAGUCUUGAUUAUGAUAUGCCUUAUAUUGAUCCUUAUCAAAAGCAUAAUGACUCUGUGGCUUUUUCUGAACCCCCACAGUCUUCUUACUUUACUGCCAGCCCUGAGAUUCAGAAUAGAGCAUCUGAGUUUAAGAAACCUGUUUUAGAAAUCUUCAAACAGGCACAUAGAGAAAGUGUACAGCUGGCCAGGAAACCCAGGAAAAAAAGAAAAAGGCUGGACUCCGAACCUGCUCCAGACACGAUUGUGGGCUUCCUGUGUAAUGAGUAUGUGGUCAGGGAUAUUCUACACUUGCUGAAGGAUGCUCUUUCUGAUCUUAACAUUGCAAAAUUUGCCUUAUCUGGUAAAACAUUUGAUUUGGCUAAACGGGACAUCUUCCGUGCUCCAAAAUCUAAACAGCCUAGUGUGCCCAGUGUGGAUCUGAACCUAGAACCCAUCCUGCAGGUGCAUAUACCAACAAGCAUCUUACCAGAGUCUCUGCCAAAGAGGAUUACUAAGCUGACGCAAGCUGUACAUGAAGCCUGGUGGCGGUUUCAGCUAAUAGCCCAUGAAGCAUUUCCUCGACAGCCUUUUCAAAUUUUACCAGAACAAGUGUUUGUCGCAGACAAUGACAUCAAUGCCCUGCCAGUCUGCGAAGGAAGUGCGGUCAGUGCAGGUAAGUAUAUGGACACCUAUCUGCCGGGUGUCCAGAGCAAGUUGUCUAGGUCACACACAGUCUUGUCACAUUCCAACAUUAUGUCCAGGAUGAUGGCCAGCCCCGAAAGUUUACUGGUCUUCAGCUUGAUCAGAAACAACCCUUCCCAGGCUGCCGAGGUCAUGAAACUUUUCAAACUGACAGAGAAAACGGCAGAAACCUGUGAAGUCAGCUUUGCAGAAGUCUACCAGACCAGCUCUGGAAAAAUCUGGGAUCUGGAGCCAGAAGUGAGAGAACCUUCUCAAGUUCAGACCAAAGUUGGCAAAAGAAGCAUCACGGCUCUCAACAAAGCAGCAGCUGUAGGAGUGGCAACAGCAUAUUUGUCCAACAUCGUCGAAGACCUACUAGCCAAUCCUUGUGUACCACCUGUGCCAAAGCCAAGGUCGUCUUCUACAAGAGAACAAUUUUCCGCUGUGUUUAACCUUGACCCUUCUUCAGCCCUUUUGUUAGAUCUCUUAUGCACUUGCUGUCGGACUUGGGAUGCCUGUUCUAAUAUGUUAGACAUCAUUAAAACAAAAACAAAACUUUUGAAACACGAUCCCCGACACAAGGAUCACAUGACUUUGGCAGGUGAUCGUCUAGACGAUUCACCUUCAGAAACGCAUCCAUCUCAGUCACCGGAUUUGCCGUCUGCUUCUGUUACCUCCCCAUUCACAGUAUGGACAAAGAAGCUCAAGUCCUCUUUGCAGGGCGUGAUGGGCUGCAGUGAACUGAUAUGGAAUUUGUAUGAUUUGAUUCACUCAGGGGAAAGCGAGCCUUCAUCUCCAGGUCCACGAACUGUUUACACUUCCACGGCUGUCAAGGUGGGUCUCCAGCAUUACUUUCAUUCUGCUUACUCAUCACUCCAGGUGGAAAGCCUGCGCAGUAUGGAUAUAACUGUAGCAGAACUCCGACGGGCGGUGGACCAUGUGCUGCAGGUGUUGGCAGGUCUUUCCUUGGAGCAUCACUUGGAUAUUGUGGCAGAUGACCCAGCUUCUUCGCAAUCUCCAUCUCCAAGGGGAAGCUUGUCAGGCAGCACAUCAGGCAGCAUGUCUGGGAGCGUUACCAGUCAGAGUGGUGGAGCCGGGUCGCGAACCCAUAACCGACAACAGACUGAUCAGAACCCACUACACAUGGCCGUCAAACAGCUGAUGUAUGUUAUGGAGAAGUAUGUCCCAGCUGAUGGCUUGACACACAUUCUUCUAGGGAAGACAAAUAAGGUGAGCAGCCCACCAGUGAAGAAUUUCCUGCUCAGUCUCUAUGAGCAUGUUAAAGAGAUGUCCUUCCUGGUAGCCGAGUGUGAGGGCAAGAGUACAGAAGUGGCCAGUAACUACUUCAAAGUUUUGAACGAUGGGCCAAUUAGUAUUCUGGGACGUCUGAUGUUUGUCAAGAAAAUGCCCCCUGCCAGACUGGAGGCUGUGGCAGCAAAACUGAGCCUCAACCUGACUCACACAAUCGUACACAGUUGUUGCCCAAAGAUUCCCAGCAAACAUCCCCCCGCAGUCCCAGAGUGUGGCGCUG